AUGACAGACGAAAUUUCACUUGUUUGCAUUCUCGAUGGAGCGUCAACUACAUUCGAAGUGGACAUCAAUCCCCGAAGAACUAUCAACUAUCUCAAAAAGGCGAUCAAGAAAGAAAAAGAAAAUGCUCUUCAAGGCAUUGAUGCCAACGAACUCAAUCUUUAUCAUGUCUCUGUUCCUGAUGAGGGGACUACAGUCAAUAUCGCCAAUGUUGAAUCAAAAGAGUCACUCACCAGAGGAUCAAUCAAGCUUUCCAACUUAUUUGGUACGUCACCUUUGCCUGAGGAGACUAUCCAUAUCUUUGUUCAGCAGCUAUUGGAAGCUGUCAUCUGGACGAAGACCUCAAGUAUCCUUGCAUGGGUUAGGCAAUAUGAACGACCCAUCGGCACUAAACAAGCUCCGCUUGUUACAUCUUUUGGUUCAGAAUUCCCACUUCGCCGCCGAGAGGAAACCCUUCACGUAUUAUGGGGUGGAAAUCCUUGUAGAAAGGGCGUCUUUGGGCGAUUUAAAAACCGCAGCAAUGACGACAAGAGCCUACAUCCAAUCCCAUUUCUUGCCUGUGGGCCAGGUACAGGCAAAAGCAGGUUCCUCCAAUUUCUUGGAGGAGUACUACGUGAAAUGGCCAACUCUUGCGGUGACCAGAGCGUCGAAAGCGCCUUCUCCAAUAUGGUCUCAAUCAAUAUUACCUAUGGCAGUGACACUGCUGCCAGUCAGUUCGAUGUCAAGACUGGAGGCGAAGCAUCUAUCGCCGUUAGAUUACUCUACGAAUAUUUUAUCAAUACCAAAGACUCCGGUAUCAAACCCAAAGUCGAUUUUGACUCUUUUCUGCAAAAGGGAGGCGUUGAGCAACUCGAUUUGUACGCCGUCAUACAGGUUAUUCAAUCUGAUAUCAUCAGCCGCGGUACAUCCACCAACGAUUUCUCUGUGCUGGUCAUCGGCAUCGACGAAGUGGAUCAAUUAUACAAAGUUUGCCCAAACACUCUUCAAGAAGCUGUACGCGCUAUUGGAGCACUGAGCUGUAGCAUGGCAAAGCCUUUUUGUAUCCCUAUUAUGGCAGACGGUAAGGUUCUGCAUCUGACUGAAGACUACCUAAAGAAUGAUAUACUGUUCCGCCGUAGUAUUGCAGACAUCGGUGGGGUGCCAAAGGCUGUGGAGCUUUUCUAUCACCUCUUUGUGGAUCGCUUAAAGAGUAUCAAAGAAGUGUCUGACCAGGCUGAAGACCUUUUGGAGUGUCUGCGCAAUGUCAAUAUCGUGGCCAUUAUGCAGGGCCUGGCAGAUCGUUUAAGCAAACUCUAUCCUUUUCAGGGCUACGUGGAGCUCAUGACACCUGUACUUGCAAAGGCUAUUUUUGAUAUCCCAGUCGUAAUGUAUUGUAUUAUUGGAGAUGGCACAACCAUUACCUAUGAAAACCUCAUGACAACCGGUGUAAUACAUCUGGAACAAGCUAAGGAGCGUGACAUGUAUCAUGUACGUGUCCCAUAUUUGUGGCUAGUUAUAUUGGUUGACGCUUCCAAGAAAUGUCAAUCCAAGUCGCCUUUGAAGAACUUUUUGAAGGUGGCUGAAUUUGACCCCGAGUUUCCAGAGUUUGAAGUUGAAAUUCCAGACCACCGCAGUGUUACAGUGCAUCAAUUGCUCGAAACGUUCCCUGAUCACGAGGCUGCGAAGGAUGUGGACGGCAUGGAGCAUACUAACUUUCUUCGAGAGUUUCACAAGGUAUUUGUUAAUGGCAAGGGUGCCCCAGCUGAUGGCUUUACGCAACUGCGUUUACAGGACAGAGGAGGUAGAGGAGAUACUGUGCCUUUGUGUUUGUUUUGUCAAAUGAAGUGGACCGAAGGAGAGGAUUCAAAGGAGCAUAGCGUUAUCGACCAAACAACGAUUGACGAGGAAAUUACCAAGAUUGCCAAAGUGAACGAAGUUCUUAAGGAACGAUGUCAAUCCUUGGAAUGUGCCUUUGGUAUCUUUUCAAAUCGAUGUGAAUCUUCCUCCAAAGUGGAGCUUCACUCCCAUACAUUCAUGCGUCUUCCAGACCUGAACACCAUAUCAAGCAUGUUCCUGGAGUUGGGAAGAAAAUCUGUGAAGAAAUCGUGA